UUCUUUCCUUUCCCAGUGUUGUUAAAUCUGAACAAAACCUUAUCGGAACUUCUUAAUUUAGCCAAGUUUAGCAUUACCUUAUAAAAAAUUGUAAAACGCAAUUGAUGUAUGCGUAAUGCGUAUAAUAAAGAUUAAUACAUUAGCCCAAGUACUCUGUUCUCUCUGUUAGCCGCUAACAAAAAAAUUUGUUCCCUGUUAAACUUCAAGCUUUCAAAAAACAAAAUGAAAUUCUCGAAAUCUUAUUUUCUUCUAACUAAAUCAUGUUACUCUUCUCAAUGCCUUAUUCCUCAAAAACCCAUCUUCAAAAACGCUCUUGUUCAUAACUUAUGUAAAGAUGGUAGAUUUAAAGAAGCAAUUGAUGUUUUGUGUGAACAAAAACACUUAAAAGAAGCAAUUCAACUGCUCAAUCUAAUACAUAAACCUUCUCCUUCUAUUUACUCCACUCUUAUACAAUGUUGCCUCAAAAAACGUGCUCUUGAAGAGGGUAUAAAGGUUCACCAACACAUCAAACUAUCUGGGUUUCUACCCGGUUUAUUUAUAUCGAAUCGGCUUCUUGAUAUGUAUGCGAAAUGUGACGGUUUAGUUCAUGCCCAGAAGUUGUUUGAUGAAAUGGGCGAACGAGAUUUGUGUUCUUGGAAUGUUUUGAUUUCUGGGUAUUGUAAAGUUGGGUUACUUAAGGAAGCAAGGGAAGUAUUCGAUAAAAUGCCUGAAAGAGAUAAUUUUUCGUGGACUGCUAUGAUUUCCGGCUAUGUGCAGCAUGACAGGCCUCGUGAAGCCUUAGAGUUGUAUAGAAUGAUGAUGAAGAGAUACGAGUGUUUGAAAUCGAAUAAAUUUACAGUGUCUAGUGUUCUUGCUGCUGCGGCAGCUUUUCCUUGUUUGCGAAUAGGGAAAGAGAUACAUGGUUAUUUAAUGAGGACUGGGUUGGAUUCUGAUGAGGUGGUUUGGAGUGCAUUAUCUGAUAUGUAUGGCAAAUGUGGGAGCAUAGAGGAAGCGAGGUGCAUUUUCGACAAGAUGGUUCAUAGAGAUGUUGUUACUUGGACAGCUAUGAUUGGUAGGUAUUUUGAGGAUGGGAGGAGAAAAGAGGGGUUUGAUUUGUUUGCGGAGUUAUUGAGGUCGGGGAUUAGGUCUAAUGAUUUUACGUUUGCUGGGGUUUUAAAUGCUUGUGCCGAUAUUAGCGCAGAAGGGGUUGGUAAGCAGGUGCAUGGGCACAUGAUUAGAAUUGGUUUUGGUGCAUUGUCUUUUGCAGCAAGUGCUCUUGUGCAUAUGUAUUCUAAGUGUGGCAAUAUGAUAAAUGCAGAAAGGGUGUUUAGAGGGACGCCUCGGCCAGAUUUGGUUUCCUGGACUUCCCUCAUUUCUGGGUAUGCACAAAAUGGACAUCCUGCUGAGGCUCUUCAGUACUUUGAGUUGCUACUAAAGUCAGGGACACAGCCUGACCACAUAACUUUUGUUGGCGUUCUUUCUGCAUGUGCUCAUGCCGGACUAGUUGACAAGGGGCUGCAAUAUUUUCACUCUUUAACUGAGGAAUAUGGGCUAACUCAUACUGCGGAUCAUUAUGCUUGUAUAAUUGAUUUAUUGGCCCGAACUGGACAAUUUGAAGAAGCUGAAAAAAUUAUAAAUAAAAUGCCUAUGCAACCUGAUAAGUUUCUGUGGGCUUCCUUGCUAGGUGGUUGUAGAAUUCAUGGAAAUCUGAAACUGGCAGAAAGGGCAGCUGAAGCAUUAUUUAAGAUAGAACCUGAGAAUCCUGCUACUUAUGUUACCAUGGCUAAUAUCUAUGCUACUGCCGGUAUGUGGAGCGAUGUAGAGAGGAUGAGAAAAUUUAUGGAUAAUCGAGGAGUAGUGAAGAAACCGGGUUUGAGUUGGGUUGAGAUUAAGAGAAAGGUACAUGUGUUCUUAGUGGGGGAUGGUUCCCACCCAAGAUCCAAGGAAAUACACGAGUUUUUGGGGAAGAUUUCAAAGAGGAUGAAGGAAGAAGGGUUUGUUCCUGACACAAAUUUUGUACUGCAUGAUGUGGAGGAGGAACAGAAGGAGCAAAAUCUGUCUUACCAUAGUGAGAAACUUGCAGUUGCUUUUGGAAUUAUUUCUACUCCAGAAGGCACACCAAUUAAAGUUUUUAAGAAUUUAAGAACUUGUGUAGACUGCCACACUGCCAUCAAGUUUAUAUCAAAGAUUGCUAAUAGAAAAAUUGUAGUCAGAGAUUCAAAUCGGUUCCAUUGUUUUGAGGAUGGAACAUGUUCUUGUGGGGAGUUUUGGUGACUCAUAACUAAGAAAGCUUGUCUGCAAUUGCUAGUCAGAAUCAAACGGUUUAGUGUUGAGUAAUUGUAGAUGUUCAGGUCCAGCUCAGCCUCCUAAACCACGAGAGGUGUUCGUUGGAAACUUGAUAUCACAGCUCCAGAGAGAAGAAGUAGUCGGGUGUUGGUUGAUGCUGCAUCUGAAGGUGAAAGAUCAUCGUAAGGCAUAACUAGGAAGCUCGACACAUAUAUCCUCCAACUCAGAAAAAUGGUGUACAAGGCCGCAAAACCAAUUGGGCAAAUUGAUUACAGUAUUUGACAUGGUGUAUUAUCUGCAUUUAUUGUUGUAGCUUAAAGUACAGAUUAUUUAACAGUACAGAAGUCGGCUAAUGGAUGAUUAGCAAUGCCAAAUAGCUAUCUGGUUGUGACGGGUAAGUUCUCUGCGCGCUCAAGUAAAUAUGACAUAGCCAAAUUAUUUUUAACUUAUGCAACCCAUGCAUCCUUGUCGAAUAAUCUACAGAAAAACUUUAUUCAAAACUGGCUUGCAUAAAUAGUUUAAUGGCUGUAAAUAAUAAUCUCGCUCCAGCAUAUUUUGAACAUAC